CCUUUACGGUCCUUAUGUAGGUCACAGUUUUCAGCUUCACGCUUUGGUUUCACGUUGCUGCAUGCUGACAUCCCUUGUCAGAGAAUUUAUAUUUCUUAAAUAAUUGAGUUAGCCUUAAUUGUACUUAAUACGUGUUCUUUUCUUUUAUUCCUGAAACAUGAACGAUGAUUUGUCAAAUUAGCUUUAACGCAUGAUCCAUUUCUAACCUUGACUGAAUGGUUGUUCACAAUUGAACUGUUACGUUGAUGCGAAUACAGAGAGUUUUAAACAUACGAUGUUACGGAACAUUUGUAGGUAUCAGAGACAGUUUGGCCAGGUCAUUUGGCCAUUUUCAUUCCCUCAAGGGCAUCAUGGUCCUAGCGUAUCAACACACAUACAAAAGGCAAAAUAUUCCAGUGCCUUAACAGAGAGAAAGAAGUUCUACGAGAAUGUCUCGAUAUCUCAAGGUGAAGGGGGCGUGUUUGAAAUAAACCUUGACAAGCGAAAGCUGAAGACUCCAGGUGGAAAGCUGUUCACAGUUCCCAAUGAAGCUCUUGCCAUAGCUGUUGCAACAGAGUGGGACGUUCAGAAGGACACGCUGAAGUUUUACACCAUGCACUUAACCACUCUUUGCAACACAGCUCUUGAUAAUCCAACGCAAAGGACAGAAGAACAAAUUAUCUCAGCAGCUUUAAAGUUUUUGGAUACUGACACUAUCUGUUACAGAGUAGAAGAACCUCCAGGUCUUGUGGAACUGCAGAGAAAUGAAUGGGACCCUGUAAUGAACUGGAUAGAACAAAGAUACAAUGUAGUCAUUGGUUCAUCCUCCAAUAUAAUGGGCCCUCAAAUCCCAGAAGAAACUAAGGAUACAUUUCGUCAACACCUUAAUUCCUACAAUUUUUGGGCUCUGACAGGGCUUGAGUAUGUGAUCACUCAGCUGAAAUCGUUGGUCUUGUCCUUUGGGCUGAUUGACAGACACCUAAGCGUGGAGCAAGCGGUUCUGCUGUCCAGACUUGAGGAAGAAUUCCAGAUCCAGCACUGGGGAAACGUGGAAUCGGCCCAUGAUUAUGACAUGUAUGAGUUGCGGGCACGAACAGCUGCUGGUGCAAUGUUUGUGUAUCUGUCUUCUGAAAGCACAGCUGUUAAGAGAAAAAUUUUACAGGAUUGAAAGGCCAAAAAGGCACUUCAUGGGACUGAAAAAUUAGAUUUUUUGUUAUCUCUGUCUUUGUUUGUUUUUUGCAGUAAGCAGCAGUGACAUCAGUUACCUAACCAGUAAAACGAUGUUGCUGUCCAGUUAUGUUUUGAGCAAUAAUAUAUCUGUCAUAACAGCUUCAGUUUUGAAAGAGUGUAAAUGGUAAAUGCAUAAUCCCAGUAUUUUAAUGUCAAAGCUGUGAAAAAGUUCAGCAAAUAUGUUUGAAAUGAAAAAUAAAUGGAGAUUUUUUUGAUAAAUUUCAA